CUUGUGGGAACCGAGGAAGGCUCCGCUCUGGGCCGAGACACUUUGACGCGACCAUGGAUCGGCGGAAAAAGCCGUUGGACGUGACGGCCUCCUCGUUGGUAGACCUUAAGGCGGAACUCUACCGAAAACAAGAAGAAUUCAAACAAGAAAAGCUUCUGAAAGAUUCUGGAGUUUUGGGAAAACCAAAAACAACUAAUAAGAAACCAAGUAUUUGGAACAAGCAGAAUGCAGGGGUUUCAAGCCGAGCUGAAAAAGAUGCAGAGCAGAAGAUUGAAGAACAGAAGACUUUGGACAAAGCAAGGGAGAAAUUGGAAGAAAAAGCCAAAUUGUACGAGAAAAUGACAAAAGGAGACUUUAUAGAUGAAGAAGUGGAGGAUAUGUAUCUUGUGGAUUUCACACAGAAGAUCAUAGACAGGCACAAAGAGGCAGCAUUUAAUGCCUCUAGAAGAGCGGGACAAAGAGAUGAUGAUGAAGACGAUAUUUCUGAAAAAGAUAUUCCUCCUCCCCAGGACCCCAGUGAAGAAUGGGUGGAUUACGUGGAUUCUCUAGGGCGGUCCCGCCGCUGCAUGAGAAAGGAUUUGCCACAUCUGCUGGAGAUGGAUAAAAAUCUUCAGGGAAGGCUUUUCAUCAGCCCUGCUAAUGAAAAGACCUUACUGUCUGAAGAUAUGAGGAAAGAACUUCAACGCCAGCAGUGGGAGGAAGAAGAAAGGGAAGCCCUAAAACGGCCCAUGGGCCCCAUACACUAUGAAGACAUCCGUGAAAAUGAGGCUCGGCAGCUUGGCGUUGGAUACUUCGCCUUUGCCCGAGAUAAGGAGCUGAGAAACAAGCAAAUGAAAACGUUAGAGAUGCUGCGUGAACAGACAACAGAUCAGAGAACAAAACGAGAAAACAUAAAGGAGAAGCGAAAGGCUAUUUUAGAAGCAAGACUUGCCAAACUCCGACAAAAAAAGAUGAAAAAAUCAAAAGAAGACGGACCAGAAGAACACCAAGGAGAUGCAGGUGUUCUUGGGCCGUUGCCACCAGAACCAGCGUCUGUGCCUGCUCCACCUGCUGCUGCCCAGAGUAGCAAAGUAGAAGUCAUCAUUCAGGAGAGGAAGGACACCAGGCCUGGAGUGCCGCACGUCCGGGAGUGGGACAGAGGAAAAGAAUUUUCCUUUGGAUACUGGUCAAAGAGGCAGUCGGAUCUCCGGGAUGAGAGAGAUCCUGAGUUCGCCCCACCAUCGGAUUACUUCAUGGGCCAAAAGAAAACGAGUUCUUUCAGUAACCAGACCUGGAGCAGACCAGGACCUGCACUGAGCGAUCCGGGGCAGCCCUCUGGCCAGAGCCCGGACACCAGCUCUGCACCGUCCACUCCUGCCCCCAGCAGCCCACCACAAGCCCCCCCAGUCACUUUUGAAACUCUGGAUGAUAUGAUAUCAUAUUAUAAACAAGUGACAUGAACUUCAAAAACA